AGUUAACACGAUUUCAUUUUUACCGUUGUGAGAGGUGAAAGAUAAAUUUUCAAUUUGUGAAAGAAAAUAAACACAACAAUCAGAAGAAUGAGAGAGACGUCUCGUUCGGCGACUUGACCUAUCUCUAUUAUCUCUCCUUCAUCGCUCACUGUUUCUAGACUUAGAAAGUUCAUAACUUGCGAUUUACCAUUUCUUACUUCUUCUUCUUCUUCUUCUUCUUCUUUUUUUUUUAAUUAAUUUAUUAUUAAUAAUAAAUUGGUCUUCUUCCCCAUCCGCUCCCUUCGACUGAUUACUUGUUUAUUAAUCGAUUCGUUUUAUAAAACUAUAUAUUUUUUCUUUAUUUUAUUUUUUGUGUUUGGUUGAUCCGUAGAUCUACAACUGAGAAUUUCCACGCCCACAUCUCCUGACUCCCUCCCUUCUCCGAUCUUCUUCUUCUUCGUUUUCUUGCUCAAACUCACAACACGACUAGAUUCCAUCUUGCAAGAACACAAGACUCAGGUUCGCAUUGGCGAUUUCUGAGAGCUGCCUGCCUGUGAAUUGGGAAUUUGUGCUUAAAAAGUUCUAUGUUAGUGUCACAAAACUGGUGGGAGACUCGGAUGAGAUGAGGGAUGCUAUCUGGGUUGAUGAACUUUCUGAAUGCCUGUCUCUGGCCACGGUCAGAUCAGCAGGGACGUUCAGGCUCAGAUUCCGGCGGCCGUCAAGAGGGACUCUUGUGGUACAGAGACUCCGGUCAGCACGUCUCUGGUGACUUCUCCAUGGCUGUCGUCCAAGCCAACAACUUGCUCGAGGACCAGAGCCAGCUCGAGUCUGGCUGUCUUAGCACCCACGACUCUGGUCCCUAUGGCACCUUUGUUGGCGUCUACGAUGGCCACGGCGGCCCUGAGACUUCACGCUUCAUCAAUGAUCAUUUGUUCCACCAUCUCAAGAGGUUUGCUGCGGAGCAACAGUGUAUGUCCGCGGAAGUGAUAAAGAAAGCCUUCCAAGCGACUGAAGAAGGGUUCAUAUCCAUAGUUACCAGUCAAUUUCCAACGAGGCCUCAAAUAGCGACCGUUGGUUCAUGCUGCCUUGUAAGCGUCAUCUGCGAUGGGACGCUCUACGUGGCCAAUGCGGGGGACUCACGGGCAGUGCUGGGACAAGUCAUGAGGGCGACCGGCGAAGCUCACGCCACUCAGCUCUCGGCUGAGCACAAUGCGUCUAUAGAGUCAGUGCGUCGGGAACUUCAGGCCCUGCAUCCGGACCAUCCAGAUAUUGUGGUUCUGAAACAUAACGUUUGGCGAGUAAAAGGAAUCAUUCAGGUUUCAAGAUCCAUUGGCGAUGUGUAUCUGAAACGGCCAGAGUUUAACCGGGAACCGCUGUACGCGAAAUUCCGCCUGAGGGCACCGUUCAAGAAGCCGUUACUGAGCGCAGAGCCGUCGAUCACGGUGCAUACACUGCAGCCGCACGAUCAGUUUAUAAUAUGUGCUUCAGAUGGGCUAUGGGAACAUAUGAGUAACCAAGAAGCAGUAGACAUCGUCCAGAAUCAUCCGCGUAACGGGAUUGCAAAGCGGCUGGUGAAAGUGGCGCUUCAAGAAGCGGCGAAGAAGAGAGAAAUGAGAUACUCAGACCUGAAAAAGAUUGACAGAGGCGUACGAAGACAUUUCCACGAUGACAUAACAGUGAUUGUUGUCUUCUUCGAUACAAGCCUAGUGAGCAGAGCGAGCGUGUUGAAAGGACCAGCCGUGUCAGUGAGAGGCGCGGGUGUGAACAUUCCUCACAACACCUUGGCGCCUUGCACCACCACUCCCACUCAAGCUGCCUCCUGACCCCUCCCUGCCCCUUUUGAAUUUUUUAUCUUGUUGUUGUUAAUUCUUUCCAAGAUCUGUAACUAUAUAUAAAUAUAUAAUAUUUAAUUAUCAUUAUUAUUAUUAUUAAUUGACUGGGAACUGGGAAGGAUAUCAAGUGGUAGUUUUGUUUGUUUCCUUUUGUUACUUGAUAGUUGUAACCAAACAAAAACAAAAAUCACAAAUUCUUGUUAUUUCGUUUCCAUU